AUGACGAAAUAUGCGAAACAUGUAAGAUUUUACAUUAUAAAUUUCAAAAAAAAAAGAAAUUUUUUUCAGAUUCAUUAUUUUUGCACAGUUAGUCUGUAUAUAAUUUUUAUCCUAUGUAUUUUUAUGAAUUUUUAUGUUUUAUUGAGUCGCGAAGAUACAAUAUAUUAUUUGAGAAUGUAUGAUUGUGUAGUUGCCCUAUUGAUGUUAACAUGCGGUGUAGUUCAAAUCGAAUUUCUCAUCAGAACUAAACAUCUUCCAAAAUUAGAUGAACCUCACGCAAUUCCCGAUCCUGCGCUAAUCGGAGCUAUCGCUUUAACCAUCGGAAUUAUGCUUGGAUAUUUAUAUUUUAUCGUUUUUCAAUAUGCUUUUGCAUCAUGUGACAAAUUAGUUGAUGCACUUUAUCCAUCUGAACGUUAUUUAGAAGCUUUUUAUGAUUUAUUGAUGGCCGCAUUCUCGGGGAUUUCUUUGAUUUAUAUCCUACAUCGACGAUAUUAUGGGGCAAUUGGCACGAAUUUGGAUAAAGUUGCUAGACUUUUUGUUAAUAUCACGUUUUCAGUUGUCUGGAUGAAUGUUGUGAUUUUUAAAGGAUACUUAAGUCAUCAGGCAAGCCAAAUUCCGGGUUUUUCUUAUCAAUUAGUGUUUUAUUACGAUCAUUAAACACUAAUUCAUGAUCAAGUUAUUUAUAUUUUUAUAGGAAUUAUGCCAGCGAAAAGAAUUGGAAGGUUAUUGGUGUCCGGUUACAAAACGACACUAUGAAUGUGAUCCUUAUACCGAACUUCAUGGAACUCAAAAAAUGUGGUAUUAUAUCAACAAAGGAUUGCUGAACUCGUCGAUCAUCUCAUGCGCCUCGGAAUUCUUUCCAGUUCUAUUGGUGACACAUUGGUUGGCUUGUGGUGGAGCAGAAGAACGAGCUGAGAAUAUUGAGAAACGGAUGAAGAGGAAAGAAGGAGUUCGAGGAAUGAUGAGAGAAUUUAUGAAGGAUGUUUCAAGAGUCUAUGUGGAUCAUUACGAAAGUCAAAAUGCUCCUUUAAAAAUUGCUAAAAUUGUCGAAGUAUUUUUCUGGAUUGUCACACCUGUUGUGAUGUUUUUAUCAGUUUUAAAGUAUCUUUUCUAUUUUUACUAUACACUCGAUUUCGAUGCUCUUGUAGCUGAGCAUUAUUUGGUGAAUGAUUAUAUUAAUCUAGCAGCUAAUAUUGUGCAAAUCAUCUUUUUCUCUGGGGUAAGAAAAAGGCUAUCAAGUUUCUGAAUACAAAUCUGAAAAAAAAUAUUUAAAUUGUAGCUCUACGGAUUUACCCUCACGAUCAAAAAUGAGAGAUUGGAUGCACAUCACAAGGCACAUUCUAGAGGUGAUAUCUCAAUUCUCUUUGGAUGUUGUAUUGUUUUAUUGAUCAAGCUGAUUUUGCAAUCAAUAGAAAUUGAAUAUCAACGUUUAGAUGGUUUUAUUAUUUUAUCCGAUGCUAUUAUUCAAAAUAUUAGUUUGGUUGUUGUUCAGGUGAGUUUCUAAAGAAAUCCAACCCAACUUUAUUCCAAGUUCAGAUAACUCAAUGGCUCCAAUAUUUCCUAAUUCGUCGACUUCUCCCACUUUCCGAUGCUGAUUGCAAAGCGACAAAGAAAUUCUUACCGUUGGCUGCGAUUGCUGGACUUCUUAUGGCUUGGGUGCAUUUUGGUGUCACAUUUUUUGAAACCUCUUUGCUCAAGUAUCAGUUGACCGAUGAGAAUUUCCAUUUCUCGAGUACAACCUUGAUUUGUAUGAUUUUCACACAAACUUUGUUCCCGGCUGAUUAUUUGUUCGCGUUUACAGGUAUCUCCAAAGUUGAUGAGAAUAAUAUUUUCAAAAAAUAUAUAAUUUUUAGUGAGUGGUUGCUACCUUGAAUUCCUUCAAAGAUAUUUGAACAUGGGAUAUUUCCAAUUAGGCGAACCUCGAAUUAUCAAAGAACAUCAUCAUAAUAAACACGGCGAAGCACAUAAAGAGGUAUGUAGGUACAACAUUAAAAAUUCGUCGUUAUCAAAACGAACUUGCACGUAAUAACUUUUAUUGGUUUUUCUAUCUAUUUUUUUUCCAGGAACCAUCAAAUCAAGAUAAAAUUGCUUCAAUGAUAUAUGCAGCAAGUGUUUUGCAUCGGAAAAGAUUCGAAACUUCAGCUACAUCGUCUUCCGAAGAAUCGAUGAAUAAGAAAUUCUGA